AUGGCGCCAAUCCACCCGGAGUCGGGGGCUGGGCAGUUCUAUGACAUGUCGCCCCCAAAGCGAUUAGGGCGAGGGAGACAUGCAAUCGUCUUCGAAUGUCGUGACCCAAGCGGUUGCAUUUAUGCUAUGAAGCUAUUCAAGCGAGACAGCAGAGCUAGGAGGAUCCGUCGCGAACUCGAGAUAUUGCAGUAUCUCGGAAAUGGUCCGAAUAUCAUCAAGUUUAUUGACGCCGUCCAAGGUGAGGAGGUUCGAAUUUCCCUCAAACCCGAGUCCUGA